AGUGACGACCUCUCUAGACAUAGAAAGAGGAGAGAAAGAACUUUGCGUUCGCUGGGAAGCCCAUAGAAAGCAGUUUGGGCACGGUUUUGAAGCGGAAAGUUGGCUCGCUGCUAAGAAGUAUACUGUUGCUCAACAUGGAUUCGGCAACAGAGGUGUUGGAUCAACCUCAAAUUGAGAGGGUGCAGUUGGAAGGACUGGUUGUCAUGAAAGUCAUCAAACAUUGCCAGGAGAAUUUUCCCAUGACUGUCAUGGGCCAGCUUCUUGGUAUGGAUCGAAAUGAAACACUUGAAAUUACCAAUUGCUAUCCCUUCAUAUCUCCACCUACCGGAGCUGCAACAGCAGGCCCGGACGGUGUGGAUACAGUUGCUUUCGAAAGAGAGCAGCACCGGUACCAACGCGAAAUGAUGUGGUGCGUACGAGAGGCCCGAAUCGACCACCAAGUCGUCGGCUGGUAUCAGAGCAGCGGGUCGCAAAUGGGUUCCUUCCUCUCCUCGCAAUGGAUUGAAACGCAGUUCAAUUAUCAGAUCAACCUGAGUAAUAUUGUCUGUCUUGUGUACGACCCUGUGCGCACAGAGGAGGGAACACUUUCAAUUCACGCUUACCGCCUCACCAAGAAAUUCAUGGAUGUCAUGCGAAAGCAAGACUUUUCAUCUUUGGGAUUCUCAAACCUGUCCGUUUCGGCGAGCACUAUCAUAGAAGAGGUCCCGGUGACUUUGCACAACUCAAGCCUUAUCAACGCAGCCCUCGUCGAACUGGACUAUGCGGACGAGUUCAGCGGUGCGAAUGACGUGGAGCUUUCACGACUUUCUAUCAGUGACAAGCCGGUCCUGGAGCAAAGCAUGGACUUUUUGAUAUCUGAUUUGGAUGCCCUCGGAAGGGAGCAGAGCAAGUACUCGUACUACAUGCGAAAUUUAGUUCGCGGUCAAGGUCAGCUACUUGAAAGAAUGCGCAAACGGAGGGCCGAGAAUGCAAAUCGAACUGCGAAAGGAGAAGAACCACUCCAAGAGGAUGAUGACGUACAGCAAAUGUUUGAAAAGGAACCCUCGCGUCUUGAUACGAAGAUAUUACUGAAAGAAUUGGAUUCAUACGUGGAGAGUAUUAAGUCGCUUGCAUCAGAAGGAAUCGUGAAGCAAUACGGUGUGUCAGGUGUGCAAGCUGGCGAAGAAUAAAGGCAAUGCCCUGUUUACAUCGAUGACA